CUCAAAAACAGUAAGAAGAAGCACAAAGUGCACAAAAUAAAAAAUCGAAUUACAGGACUUAAAAACAAUACAAAGUUGCGCCGAAAUCGCUAUUUAUGAAACCCUAAACUCCGUGGCAAAUCGCAUCCAAGCGGUGAGUGUGCGUAGUGCCGUUUUUAGCCAGCGAUUAUUGUUAGCAAUUGCAAAGACAGCACACACACACACACGGACACACACAGUGGUCCGCACACGCACACACAUACGCACAAGCACAAACAGAUGAGAAAAUCUGGAAAUUGUCAUUCAUUCCUUAUAUUUUCAUGUCAAAUCCAAGACAUUAGUGUGUUUCUGGGAUAGAUUCCAGAAAUCGAAAAACUAUAGCGCUGAGCAGCGCAUGAAAAAAACCGUUUCCCGUCCGCUAUUCGGGACACGAAGCCACAGCAAGGUGGGUGAAAGGAAACCUGAGAUCGCAUUUUCUGCGACGACAUCGCCCAGCUGAGUCUGAAUCGGAAUCGGAAUCUCGGGGAAUCGGACAAAGAACACACACGGUUCGCCGCCGAGUUUUUGUUAGUGGUGAGAAACGUGAGCAGUAGGCCUUGCGGAGGAGCGUCGCAUCGCGUCGCCUCGUUUAUGACGCACAUUUGGGGAAAGUAAACGGAGCUGCAACAAAGGCAACAACAUUAGAAUAGGAGCAGUAGCUGCAGCGGCACCAUGACGAUCAAGCCAGUGAGUGCACCGCCCAGCGCUAAGCGUGUGGCCGGCAAUGUGGUCGAUGCGGACAACAAGGAGACGCAGGUGGUGGUGGUGGUUGAACAGUCGGUGGCCAGCCAGGCCCAGAGUCCCCAAAGGCGUGGCGAAGUCUAUGACGAGCUGGCACGCACCCAUCGCUGCAGCCCACACAAGAGCAACGCCCGUUCAAAACGCCGUGACCACCAUGACAGUCAUGCUCAUCACCACAAACGCGAUCGCCUUGAACGCGAGAAACUCAACCAUCCCGCCGUGGUGGCUGGCAGCGUUGGAGCCUCUGUUGGCGUGCCUGGCAGCAAAUGCAAUAGCCCACCUUUGGCUUCCACAUCGAGCGGCAGCAGCAGUCCCUCCGUGGUGGGCAGAAACUCACCCGAACAUCUGGGCCUAGGCUGCUCCACAGUUCCCAAGGCUCAGGGUCAGCUAUCGCCGGCAACAGUGGCAACUGCCAAUCUACUGAAAUCAGCUGAAGAGACCUUUUCGGGCUAUAACAGCGGGGAUGAACACCUUCAGCCCAAGGAGCGCAAGAUUCCAGCAGAGGAGUGGCAGCGUCGCGAUGUGGAGUUUGCCAAGUGCAUGGAGCAGCGUGGCUACGAACUGAAGCCCGUGGAAGAGGACGGCGCCUGCCUGUUCCGCUCCAUUUCCCUGCAAAUUUACGGCGAUGAGGAGAUGCACGAUGUGAUACGCCAGCACACCAUGGAUUAUAUUCAUGAGAAUCGCGAGUACUUUGGCCAGUUUGUCACCGAGGAUAUCAACAGCUACAUCCAGCGCAAGCGAGCUCGUGAUGCCCAUGGCAACCACAUCGAAAUCCAGGCCAUAUCUGAGAUAUACAGUCGCACCGUUGAGGUCUACUGCUACCAGUCGACUCCCAUAAACAUCUUCAACUCGGAACAGUCGCAGGCUGGUUACCCUCCCUUGCGCCUCUCCUAUCAGCGCGGCUCCCACUACAAUGCCAUUUUGGAUCCCUAUAACGCCACUGUUGGGGUUGGCUUGGGCUUGGCUGGUUACAAGCCCGAGUUUCAGACCGCUGAGGCAGUGCGUCUCAGCGAGCAGCUGGAAAUUGAACAGACCAUGUUCGAGGACAAGCUAAAGACAACGGACUGGGAGGCCACCAACGAGGCCAUCGAGGAGCAAAUAGCUCGGGAAUCCUACCUGCAGUGGUGCCGCGACAAUAUGCAACGUUCGCGUAAUAGCAACACGGCCGCUGGUUCGGCCACAUCGUCAACGGUUACUUCUGCAGAGGCGCUCACCGAUUCCGAUGCCUCGCCCUCCAAGUACUCGAUGUGCGGAGGCACAGGCAGCAGUGGCAAUCCGGCGGCCACCUUGACCAGUGCCAGUGGUGCUGUGGAUCCCUCAGCUGCAGGAUUUUCGCUGUCGCCCAAAACGUUGAGCCAGUUUUCUCACAAGUUGACAACGGAUGAUAUGGCUGGUUAUGACAGUGAUACCACUGAUAUGAGUAGCACAAGUUCGGUGGGUCACUGCGGUGGGAAUUCAUCGCCUAGCACAGUCUCAACAGCUCAGCGUGCGGGCAAGGGAUCAAAGACGCAGCGGCGGGCUACGGCUCUUAGAAAGAAGCGACGCCAUGAGACUCGCGAAGUGGUGCCUUUGGCUGGGAAAAGCUCGGAUAUUUUGGAGGCACCUUUGCGUAAGAGCCCAAAGCGCGACUCUGCUCCUUCAGUGGCUCGCGCGAAUACGCCGGAUGCUGAGCAGCGUCCCUGCACUUCGAAACAGUCUUCCAUUUCGCCACAAAAGCGCGGCGAAGGCCAGUCGUCCAGCCAGAAAAACUACUCUAGCUUUUACCAAGAACUUCUUGAGGCUUCCUAUGCCAAUGAAGGCGUCAACGAAAGCGAGAUGCUGCAGCAGGCCAUCCAGAUGUCCACACGCGACUAUAUGGAGGACCAGAAGCGCAAGUAUCUCUCUGGACCGUAGGCUGCCGCGUCUUCUUCUUUGUACAGUGAUUUAAAAGUUCUUUUUCGCAACGAAAACGAAACACAAAACUUACCAAAAAAAAAACAAAACAACAAAAAUUAACAGAAAAAAACAACUUGAACUAAACGCAGAAAUUAUCGACGAUCUUGAAAUGCUGUUAAAAGCAAAAGUGCAACCUAAGCAGUCUUUACACUCUCACAUACACUUAUCCUAUAUAUAUGUAUGUCUAUGUAUAUAUAUAUAUAUAUGAUCAUAUAUUUUGUAAUAAGAAAUCCAAGAAAGGUUCAUUAAUGAAUUUGCUGAUUUUGAGCACAAAUUUUUGAUAAAAAGAGGUCGAUCUGGUCCGCUUUUAUACCAUGAAUAAAUGUCACGUUCCUUUUCCAACUUACAAUUAAUUGCUAUUUUGUAAAGCUUAAAUUAUAAAGUUAAAAGUUAGUAAGCGACAGCAAAUGAACUAAAAAUUAAAUAAACUAAAGAAUCGGCAUACACACACACACACACACAUACACGAUACGGAUAAUGCUAAUGAUUAAUUAUUUAAUUAAAUACAAUAAAUGGUGCAUAAUAAUCGUAAUUUAUGAGUACUCUUAAAUAAAGCAAAACUAAAUAAUCACAGAAAA